AUGGCCAACGCGAUCAACAAGCCCAAGAGGCCCAAUUCCAAGAGGCAGCCCGUCCGCCUCCGCCACAAGAUCCAGAAGGCCUCGGCCGCGAAGCAACGCAAGGAGAAGAAGCUCGGCAAGAAGAACCCAGAAUGGCGCUCCAAGCUCAAGAAGGAUCCCGGCAUUCCCAACCUCUACCCCUUCAAGGAGAAGGUUCUCGAGGAGAUUGAGGAGACGCGCAUGCGCAAGAAGGAGGAACAGCUGAAGCGCCGUGAGAUGGCCAAGGCUGCCAAGUCUGGCGUCCUCGGCCAGGAUGGCGUCGAUGCUGCCAACAUGCCCGUCGACAUCGAGGACGGCGACGUCGACGGCGACGUCGACGACAUGAACGUGGACGGCGACGGCGAGCUCGACGAGUCCAACCCCAUGGCCGCCCUCCUCGCCACGGCGCGCAAGGCCGCCGAGAAGUACGAAGGCGGAGACAUGGACGAGGAUGACGACGACGACGACGACGACGAAGAGGAUACCAGAAACGUCGUCGACCCUACCUUCAAGAAUGCCACGUCCCGCAAGGCCUACGAUAAGAUCUUCAAGCAGGUCGUUGAACAGGCCGACGUCAUCCUCUACGUUCUCGACGCCCGAGACCCCGAGGGCACCCGCUCCCGCGACGUCGAGCGCGCCGUCAUGGCUGCGGCCGCCGGCGGAAAGCGCCUCAUCCUCGUCAUCAACAAGAUCGAUCUCAUCCCGGCCAAGACGCUCAAGGCCUGGCUCACCCACCUCCGCCGCUUCUUCCCCACCAUGCCCCUGCGCGCCUCGAACCCGGCCCCCAACGCCCACACCUUCAACCACAAGGAGCUCACCGGCCAGAAGACGGCCAGCGACCUCCUGCGCGCUCUCAAGUCGUACGCCGCUUCCAAGAACCUCAAGCGCGCCGUCUCCGUCGGCGUCAUUGGCUACCCCAACGUCGGCAAGUCCUCCGUCAUCAACGCCCUCCUCGGACGCUACAGCAGCGGCAACCGCAGCGCCUGCCCCGCCGGCGCCGAGGCUGGUGUCACCAAGAGCAUCCGCAACGUCAAGAUCGACAGCAAGCUGACCCUCCUUGACUCGCCCGGCAUCGUCUUCCCCUCGGCCUCGACCUCGACCACGGGCGGUCUCGUGUCGCUGAAGAACGCGGCCGAGGCGUUCGCCCAUCUCGUCCUCCUCAACGCCGUCCCGCCCCGCCAGAUCGAGGACCCCGUCCCCGCCGUCACUCUCCUGCUGAAGCGCCUGUCGUCCUCGGAUGACCUGAUGCAGAAGCUCACCGACGUCUACAACCUGCCGGCCCUGCUGCGCACCGGUGGCGACCCCACCACCGACUUCCUCGUUCAGGUCGCCCGCAAGCGCGGACGCCUCGGCCCCGGCGGUGUGCCGAACCUGCACUCUGCCGCUAUGACCGUCGUCACCGACUGGCGCGACGGCCGCAUUCAGGGCUGGACCGAGCCGCCCGUGCUCGCCGUCGCCGACGCCAACGCAGCCGUCGAUGCUGAUGCCGUUGUCGCCGACGACACGGCGGCGCCGGACCAAAAGACAGUCGUCACGGAGUGGGCCAAGGAGUUCAAGAUUGAGGGCCUCUGGGCGACGACGAUAGAUGGUGCAGAGUUUGCUGGGUUUACUGGCGUUUAG